UAACACCAUUACAGUAAGUUCAUUUUUGAACAAAAUUUCAAAAUAGUUUAAUCAUUAUUUUCUUGAAAGUUAUUUAUAAUAUACAUGCUCGUACAUUGUUGACAACUUUUGUGUUAUGAUUGUUACGCUCAUUGGCUGAUAGUAAAUGUUAUUAAGCAUUCAAUUUUUUUUUCAUUGCCGGAUAUUAUAAAUAAAUUUGCAUCUUUUUUUAAGGUAUAUUGAAUAGCAUAAUUUACACGAAGCAAAAUGCCGCCCAAUUCAGAAAAAAUAGCUGGCAAUGAAAUAUUUAAUGGACCAAUACCGGACCAUAAAGUUAGUUAUCCAGAAUUAAAAUAUCCAUCAAUACGAAUAAUGAAGAAACCUGUACCUGAUAUGUGGAUUAAAGGGAAACGAUUAGAUGACAAUGCUGAAGGAUUAUGGCGUGUACACAACAAGUUAUACGAUUUAUCUACAUUUAUGGAGAAGCAUCCUGGUGGAAAAUUCUGGAUAGAAACAUCACAAGGUACUGAUAUUACUGAAGCAUUCGAAUCACAUCAUAUAUCAUCAAAUGCAGCGGAUAGAAUUUUACCAAAAUACUAUGUACGUGAUGCAAAAGGGCCAAGAAAUUCACCAUUCACUUUUGAGGAAAACGGUUUUUACCGUACGUUAAAAAGGAAAACAGCACCAAUUUUAAAAGAAUUACAAAGAAAUCAUAAGAAAACUACAAGUGUUUAUAUUUCUGAUCUAUUGUUAAUUGGUGCAUAUGGUUUUGGUAUAAUGUCUGCUAUGUUUCAAAGUUAUAUUUGUGCAUUAAUUUCUGCAUUAUGUUUAUCUAUGUGUACGAUAUCAGCACAUAAUUUUUUCCAUCAAAAAGAUAAUUUUCGAAUGUAUUAUUUUAAUAUAUCAUUAAUGUCUAUGAGCGAAUGGAGAAUAACACAUGUCUUAAGUCAUCAUUUAUUUACAAAUACACUACAAGACUAUGAAAUUAUAGUGGUUGAACCAUUUUUACAAUAUUUGCCACUACAAAAAUCUUUUUUCGCUAGGUAUUUCCCAAUGGUAUACAGCUUUAUCAUUUACUUCGCAUUCUUUUUUGCUCCAGCCAUCGUAAGGACAAUUCGUCUUAUUCUUGGUGAAAUCCCAUUUAAAUGGGAAUAUUUGAUUGGAGGAAUUUUACCAACACUCAUGUAUUUAGUUAGCGGUGCAUCAUUUUUAAAUGUUCUAUUUUGGUUUGCAAUAAUUAUUUGUGUUGCAAGUUUUCAUUUUGCGUUUGUUGGUUUAAAUGCUGCACAUCACCAUCCACAUAUUUUCCAUGAAGGCGAUACACCACGGGAGGAUAGAGAUUGGGGUUUAGGCCAAUUGGAUGCAGUGAUGGAUCGUACUGAUAUCAAUGGAAAUCAAUUUUUAGUCUUAACAAAUUUCGGUGAACAUGCAUUACAUCAUUUAUUCCCAACAGUUGAUCAUGCGUUAUUACCAAAACUUUUACCAGUUGUUAAAGAAACAAUGAAAGAAUUUAAUGUAGAAUUACGAAUGAAAUCGCAACUUGAAUUAAUUAUUGGACAAUUUAAACAAUUAAUACGUAUUAAACCAAACGAUAAACCAAUUAAUUAUUAU